AUGGCUCUAUACUCGUCGGCACCGCCAGAAAGGCCAUUCAGCGAUGCGAAACCCACAUUGCUUGUAGCUUGGUGGAUAACGCUUUUUUGCACCUGUCUCAUCUUGCUACGCCUGUCAGGACGAUAUAUUCGAGUGGAAAAGCUGUUCAUCGAGGACAAGAUCACGGCAUUGGCAUUGAUACCAUUAUAUCUCCGGAUUGCGUGCACCCACGUCGUCCUUUUAUAUGGCACAAAUAAUAUUCAGCUUGAUGGUCUGGAGUUAUCAUCCAAGGAGAUCAAUCAGAGGAUCAUCGCAAGUAAGAUUGUGCUUGCUGGAAGAAUAUUCUAUGCUGCCACGAUAUGGACACUCAAAUUCACCACGCUUGAAUUUUUGAACCGGCUGGCUGGUGCGUCCUCAAAGAGACUCUACAGCCUCCUCAUCAAUGUUUUACGAGGCAUUCUUGCGGCUUCCUUUGUGGCCAUCAUAGUGAGCACUCUGGCCGAAUGCCAACCAAUCUCUCACUACUGGCAAAUCAUUCCGGAUCCAGGACCGCAGUGUCGUCAAGGUGUGGCACAGCUCCUCACCAUGGGAGUUAGCAGCGCAGUCAUCGAUGCCAUACUCAUAAUAUUUCCGAUUCCAAUCAUCAUCUCUACUCGCAUUCACACACGGCGCAAGAUCUUGCUUGCUAUGCUGUUCUGCUUUGGGUUUUUGACUGUCGGCAUUACAAUUUACAGAAUACCAGAGACCAUCAAACAGCAUGGGGACCAGGUGGUUCGAUCUAUGUGGGCAUCCAUAGAACUGCUUGCAGCAACUACAGUAGCGAAUCUGGUAGCUCUGGGCUCUUUUCUUAGAGAUAGCGGAGCGAGAAAGAACAAAUUUCGGCCAGAUUACAACAGCAGCGGAACGACAUCUCGGCCCCAAGGUCAAGGAACUGCUACAAGCGAUUGGUAUCAAGCUGAGAAUGAACACCGGGCCGAUACCGCAUUCCAAUCCUCAGCUGCCAGUGGCAGUGGAGUUAGUCCAACGCAGAGCCAUGACUCGCUCAUCCAGCCGGACCACGGAUCAUCACAGGCUGCCGCGGUCUUGGGUCUUGAGACCCCUCGAUCUCCAGAACCUCUGGUGCCUGCCGGAAUGACUAGCCUCCGGCGCAGAUAG